AAAGACACUCCAACCAUGUCAAACUACCAACCUUAUCUCUUACCCUCAAUGCCUUCUUACACUAUAAAUAAUACUUAACAAAACGUACGUACCACCAAAAAAAAAACUUUCAAAAACAAAGAAAGCACACAGAAAAAAACUAGUAGCUUAUUACUUACUUAUUUUUCUCUAUCGUAAUGUCGAAGGGUAGAAUAAAUGGGAAGAAUAAAAAGAAUGGGAUAGUGAAGAAAUUACGAAAAAGAUUUCUACUAGGGAAGAAAUUUCCGAUGGACGAUCAAUCGGAAAAUGAGUCGAGGGAUGUACCGGAGGAUGUGAAGGAAGGGCAUUUCGCGGUCAUUGCGACGAACGACGAUGAGCUCAAGAGGUUUGUAGUGCCAUUGUGUUGCUUAACACACCCUUCAUUCUUGAGGCUAUUGGAACAAGCUGCUGAGGUAUAUGGUUUUGAUCAUGAAGGUGCACUUACAUUACCGUGUAGGCCUAGUGAGAUGGAGAGGAUUUUGGCGCUAAUAUAUAUGGAGUUCGCGCGUGACUGCUUAGCUUAAUUAGUAGCUUUAACUCUUUUUUACUAGCGCAAUGUUGUAACUGGAUACUUCUUGAUCAAUAGAAUAACAAGAGGAGGAAAAAGUAAGUUAUGAUGAACCCAAACUCCCUCUAAUAUCAGUUGUCAGAGUAAUAUUUGAGUCCAUCAUUUUCAAAAUCUAACUCAGUAUUUCAAUGUUUUGGUCAUGAUUUUGAAUUUAUAUAUCAUGACUGCAUGUGGAUGUAGUAUAGGGUGUGUUUUAAUAGCAGAGUGGAGAAAGAGUUCUAGUUCAAUUUUGAAGUGGAGGAAAAUAUAAUAGAUGAAGUGAGUGAUUUUAGCUAUGGAAUAAAGUUUUUCUCCCAUAAAUUAUUUUGUUCAUUUUCUUUUGUUACACGUUAUCCUCA